UUCGAUUUGCCAUAUAGUCAAUAUUUUUAAUUACAUUCGAUAACAGCAUUACAUAAUAUUCAUCAUGGGGAAGACGGCAGAUAACGCUUACCUCACCAACGAGGAACUAGCGGAGCGUAACGAAAGACUUAAGCGCAAACAAAAAGCACAUCUGGCCAAAGCCGGUGGCUGGACAGCAGGUUCAGGUAUCGGUGGUAUUAUAUUCGCACCUAUAUUAGCAGUUACUUUGCCCGCAGCCGCUGCAGAGGCUGCAGCAGCAAAAAAGUUAUCAGAUAAGCAGAAGAAAGUUAAGGAUGAGAUGAACAGGCGACAAUUUGGUGGAACAUCCGAUGUCGAUGGAGGCUUUGAUAGUGGAAUUGGUUUGGGCCAAGAUAAUUAUGCGAAGACGUCCUCUGCAGGCUACGAUAAUACCAGCUCGGGGUCUCCUAAGAAAACGACAAGCAGCGAAACAAAGUUAACUAGAACAUUUUCAGCCGGUGAUUUCACCAAUGGGAGCUUCAACGCUCUGUCAGUGUUGCCCUCGACAGCAUCACGUUCGAGUGAACCGCCUACUCGUGCAGUGCAGAAGGGAGAUGAAAUUAAUCUCAUCGAUUGGGAUGAUGAGGUAUCAGAUGUACGUACAUCCCCCACGCCAUCAUAUAGUGCCAAGAAUGACCAACUCAAAGACACUUUCUCAAAAGCUCUAGAUCCUUUCAGCAAUCAAUCAACUACACAACAAGCCGCGUUUGAACAACAAGAAGCUUCGUAUGGACAACAACAAGCUUCGUAUGGACAACAACAAGCUUCGUAUGGACAACGACAAGCUUCGUAUGGACAAGGCUUUCAACCGGCUCAACAAUUCCAGCCAUAUAGUCAGGCUAUACAAUAUCAGCAACCUGGUCAAUAUUAUCAGCCACCGCAGUAUGCGAUGAACGAUCAGCAGCAGUACAAAUCGCAAUCGAACCAGAUCGAAUACAAUCCCUUCAGUUAAUUGAAGUCGAUGUCGUCAACGGUGUGUAUUUGCAGUAUAUACGUUUAUUUUACACCAGCGCGAGUUAAAAUGAUCCUCCGAUUGAAUCCAUAUUUGAGCCCAAUCGAGUCUACACACUUCCCAACUAUACAUUAAAAGUUCAAUUUACACGAGAUAAAAAAUUGGGAUUCAUCACAAAUUUCCAUUUGUACGUUCAUGAUUGUUUGGGUUGCUACAAAAUAACCGGCUCAGGAUAUCCUCAAAAAAAGAAGCAGCGAUACAAAGUGAACUAGAACGGUUUCGGCCGGUGAUUUCACCAAUGCGAGCUUCGUUGUGAUAAGGUCGCCCUCGUCAACAUCACCUUCAAGUGAACCGCCUACUCGUGCAGUACAGAAGGGAGAAGAAAUCUGAUCGAUUGAGAUGACAAGGUAUCGGAUGUACGUACAUUACUCUUGCCAGCGUAUAAUACUAUUGAUGACCAAACCAAAGACCCUUUCUGAAACGCACAAGAUCUGUAUAGCAAUAUCAACAAACUUCGUAUGGGCAAGGCUUUCAACCGGCUUUAGCCAUAUAGCCAGCCUAUACAAUAUCAGCAACCUGGGCAAUACUAUCCGUCGCCGCAGUACGCGAUGAAUGAUAAACAGCAGUAUAAAUCGCAAUCGAUUCAGAUCGAAUACAACCCCUUCAACUAGUUGACGUUAAGGUCGUCAACGGUGUGUAUUUGUAGUAUAUACGUUUAUAUUAACACUAGCGCGAGUUAAAUAUCUUCUGGUAGAAUCAAUAUUUGAGCCUAAUCGAGUGCACACUUCAACUACAUAUUAAAAGCGCAUUUCAAACGAG